GGGCGGGGGCGGCGGGCGGCCCGUGCUGAGGAGGCCGCCGCCGCCUCGGCGAUGCCGCUGCUCGUGGAGGGGCAGCGCGUGCGGCUGCCGCAGUCGGCCGGGGACCUCGUCCGAGCCCACCCGUGUCUGGAGGAAAGAGCCAGACUUCUCAGAGGUCAGUCUGUUCAACCAGUGGGACCCCAGGGCCUUCUGUAUGUUCAGCAAAGAGAGCUGGCAGUGACCUCCCCAAAGGAUGGCUCCAUCUCCAUUCUGGGUUCUGAUGAUGCCACCACUUGUCACAUUGUGGUCCUGAGGCACACAGGUAACGGGGCUACCUGCCUGACACACUGUGAUGGAACCGACACCAAAGCCGAGGUCCCCUUGAUCAUGAACUCCAUAAAGUCUAUUCCCAGCCAGUCUCAAAGUGGCAGGCUGGAGGUGCACCUCGUGGGCGGCUUCAGUGAUGACAGGCAGCUGUCGCGGAAACUCACCCAUCAACUCCUUAGUGAAUUUGACAAACAGGAAGAUGAUAUUCAUUUAGUGACGUUAUGUGUGACAGAAUUAAAUGACCGGGAAGAAAAUGAAAACCAUUUUCCAAUCAUUUAUGGCAUCGCUGUCAACAUACAAACUGCAGAGAUUUACCGAGCGUCCUUCCCAGACCGAGGCCCAGAGGAGGAGCUGCGAGCCGCGCGGGCGUUAGCCGGGGGACCAAUGAUCAGCAUUUAUGAUUCAAAGACAGAACAACUUCAAAUAGGACCGUAUUCCUGGACACCAUUUCCACAUGUGGAUUUCUGGUUGCAACAAGAUGACAAGCAAAUACUAGAGAACCUUUCCACUUCGCCUUUGGCUGAGCCCCCUCACUUUGUUGAACAUAUUAGAUCUACCUUAAUGUUUUUAAAAAAGUAUCCAUCUCCAACCAACACACUGUUUCCUGGAAACAAAGCUCUGCUCUACAGAAAAAACGAAGAUGGCUUAUGGGAAAAGAUCCCUUCUCCAGGAAGCUGAAGAUAGGCGUUACCACAGAAAGCAGCUUGCUUGCAGGAUACAAACCGUUGCUGGGGUGGAGGAAUGUGAACUGGUGAACAUGGGAUCCCUGCGUGUGGGUCCUUCCUUACUCAGCACCUUUCAGAUGAUUUUCACAAUAAAAUCUUAUUUUGGCCAAGG